UUUAGGGUUUUAACAAAACAACGCUCCUCGCCUCCGCCUCCACCAGACACCAGUCAGAGAAGUAUAGAACGUGAGCACUGAGCAGUCCCUGUAUUGAAGUGAACGGAGAACGGUGAACCACAGGCGCCUCCACCCACCUCUGCCGAUUGCCGCCGUCGCCGUUGUUAUUUUCUUUGCUUGUGCCCGGAUUUCACUGUUUCAACUUCCAAUUUUUAGUGAGUUAUGUCUGCUCUGGAUUUCAUUAAGAGUGACGACACCUCUGAUGUUGUGUUUGGGGAUGCUCCAUCUGUUCCGGGUGAAAAUGUUGUUGUUAGAACUGCUGAGCAAAGGUUUGAGGGUUCCGGUUAUAUUAGUACUUCCAAUGUCAAAGGGUUUUCUAAGCCUAGUGCCCCCAAGUCCUCAACCCGUCGAUCUACCCGCCGUUUGUUGAAGGCUGCUCCUCAAUCCACUUCUACUGAACCAGUGGAAUUGAGUGAUGAUGUUGAAGUUUCUGAAGAUCAAGGUGUUGAGGCAGGUGUUGAAAAGGAGAAGGGAUUGGUUGUUCAUGGCAAGAAGGCUUCGAGCAAAAAGGUUGUUGUGACCCCUGUUCAGGGUUCUUCGAGCAGGGAUGUUGAAGGGUUGGAUCCCGAAGAGGUUUAUGUGCCUGGUUGGUCGGUGAAAAAUGAUGACAGCUUUAAGGAUGCUGCUGUUUGUGAAGAUGCUCUGAGUCAUCUUGCUCCUCCUUCGGUUCACGAUCCUAUUGCUGGGAUGGAUGAUGACUUAAUGUUAUCCCGUAUGAUUUUGAGCACCUGUAACCUUGCUUCUAUGCUUCCUCAAGGGAUUGCUCGUUUUCAUAAGAGGAUGCAGGAAUAUGAAGAAUUUUCUAAGAAGAAGGAUAAAAUGAAAUCCUCCAUGGCUGUGAUGAAAAAGGAGAUAGCUGGUUUUGCUGAGAAGGAAGAGGCAUGGGACAAAAAGGUUAGUGAGCUUACUAGGGUGCAUGAUUGAGAUGAGUAACUUGAAGAAAAGCUUUGAGGCUGAUCGAUUGAAGCUUAAAGCUGAUAGGGAAGCCUUAUUUGUUCAGCAACGGGUUUUUGAUGAGGAAAAGGAGGGGUUGAAGGCUUCGGUUGCUCGAUCCACCCUUGAUAAUCAAUGGUUAAUUGAGCAGGGUUUUCAUCAGGUUGUUACUUACCUUCUUCAUUCCAAGGAGUUUAACUCUGCCCUUGGUGAAGUUUAUACUAAGUUGCUCAACCUGGGGAAACACCAAGGCCUCAUCGCUGGUUAUAAGCUUCAUGAAUCCGGCCAACCUUUGGAGAAGUCUCCUUUGUUUCGUCUCGAGGCUUCCGAUGUUUUCAAAGGCUUUGUUGAGCAGAUGGAGAAGCUGACCUACCCUUACAUUCAUCAAGUUUCUGCUUGUUUUGGUAAGCCUCUUGCUGUGUUGCAGGACCUGAAACCGGAAGGCUUUAAUGAAAAGGUCUGUGCUGAAAUAUUGGGUUCCCUUUCAAGGAAAAGGUCCUACUCGGGUGAUAGUGAUGACACUUUUUCAGCAGAACAAGGUGUUCCAAAGGAUGCAAGCUUAGAGGCUUCAGCGGUAGGCGGUGAUGGGGAUGCAAAGACUAAGAAGUCUAAGAAAGCGAAGAAGGUGAAGGGUGAAGGUUCCGGGGUUUCUAAGUCCUCUGCUGAUGUUUGAUUCGUAGCUUUCUUAGCACCCAAAAACAAUUCGUGGUUUGUAAUGUUAACUUGAACAAUAUUAGGUUUUCAGGAACCCUUAAGGUUCCUGUUGGUUGUGUCUUAGGCCUGUAUGGCCGUUUAAAUAAUAGCUAA